GCAUGGACCCCGAGAAGGCUCCCGUUCCCGAGUUUCUCGCCAAAGCGGAAGACGAAAACUCAGCGGUUGGCCAGCAGCUCCGGUCGGUCACAUGGAACCUAGACUCGCCCACUGCCGGUGCGGUCGCCCCUCAGGCGACCACCAGUCCUGGCACCUACCCGGCGUCGGCCUUCUUCCGGCACAGUAGGCUCGGUAACCGCCGGGACACUCACGUAGGGAGCCCGCCGAAGAUUUGCUUCCUGCGGCCCCGGACUGCGCAGCCGCUCGUUUUCUUCAGCUUAAUGAAUUCCAGUGAAGCAGCAAUGAAAAAAUUUUUACCCAAGAGCCACUUAUCUCGGGUGAUAAUACGUGACAACCUCAGUGCGCAGCGAAUCUAUGAGAUGGAGAUAAGAGCUGCAGACAAGACCAAGAAAAAGAUGAACCACUUGUAUGACCACCUGAAAAAGAAAUUCAUGACAGACCAGCUCAGAAAGUUGGGGCGCUGGCGACGGGAAUCCACAAACAUCCGGCAGUACCUGGAUACCAUCCGAGGGAACAAGAUCCUAUUAAAAGCUCAGCCUAACAGGAAAGAUCAGCCACCCUAG